CAUCUGAUUAUCAUCAUCAUUUCAUCAGGAUCGCCAGCAGUUGAUCAACAACAACAGUGUGUUAACAAUUUUAAAUUGUGUCUCGAAUCAGUCAAUCAGCCAAAAAAAACUCGAAAAAUUCAUCAAACAAAAUGAAGACUUUGAUUCUUGUCGUUAUUUCAAUUGCUUCACUUGUCAUGAUUGAAGCCGCAUCUCCGUUGGCACGACAAAAUGGCCGCUGUUAUCGUUGUGAUUACGCUGAUUGUAUCUCUUACUCUCAUGUUUGCGAUGGUACUCCUGAUUGUUACGAUGCUUCAGAUGAAUUCGGCUGUGAAUCGGUUUGUCCCUUCCCCGAAUAUUACAGAUGCAGUGACACUGGACUUUGCAUGGACUCUUAUCAUGUCUGUGAUGGACGAAGGGACUGUCGAAAUGGUGAAGAUGAAGCUCCUUACAAUUGUCACCUUUAUUCCGCUAAAGGGGAUGAACAAAAUGAUCUCAAGAAAAAAUUUGCUCGAUCACUUGAAUAGAAAUUUCAGAUUAAUCUCGUUUACCGUUAAGUUUUUAUUCGAUUCGAUUUAAUUGAUUCUAUCAUGACCUCAUAUUCGAUUAUGUGUUUAACGCUUUUCUCUUUUCUCUUUUCUUCUCUUUGCCUUCUUUUCUCUGGCGUUGUCCACAUAACUAAUAGUAUAAUUGUUUCCCGUUCUCUUUGACUGUAUAAUUGUUAAUUAACUCAAAGUUUUAAUAUUCGGUGUUAAUCAUCUGCACCAAAUCAGCACAGAAUCUUUUCAAUUAAAUUGAUGUUUUAUUAACUUUCAAA